AUGGCUCCAAAUGUAGCCAAAGCCCUGGAUCUCAUCGAUGCCGCCCACAGAGAAGACCCUAACAAGAUCGAGGUCAACGGCGAGUCCAUACCCUACGAGCUUCACUACGCGCAAAUGAUGACCGAAUUUCUUGACCUCCACACCCCUAAUGCGGACUCUCUUCUCGUCACAGCCGCCCGUGCACAGCAUUUUCGUCGUUGGGAAGUCCCCCGCGAUACCUACCCCAGGACAAAACCCGGCUAUUUUGCAUGGAGGACGUUCCUGAAAAAGAGACAAGCUGAACAGGUCAAGCAGUUGUGCCUGGAGUGCGAAUACAGCGUAGAAGAGGCGGACAAAGUUGCGGGCUUGAUUGCCAAAGAAGAUCUCAAGAAGGGUGAAGGUGAGGGAGAUCCAGAUGCGCAAAUUAUCGAGGACGUGGCAUGUUUGGUGUUUCUGGAUGAUCAGUUCGACGAGUUUGAGAAGGGUCACGAUGAGGAUAAGAUCAUCAGCAUACUACAGAAGACUUGGGUCAAGAUGGGAAAACGCGGUCAAGAACUUGCGUUGGCUAUGGAUCUGAGCGAUCGAGCCAAAGAACUUGUCACCAAGGCUCUGUCAGGCUGA